CCGGAAAGCCAAGAACGAUGCCGAUGGGAGCAAAGCACGGCCUUUUAUCUUAGCUAUCCAUUCCUAUAACAAACCCUCUAGCAGCGUGCAGCGUCCCCUCCUUAAUAUCUUCUCCAAUUCGAUUCAAUGUUAUCCGUACUUGUGCCUUCAAGGUAGAAGAAGAAUGGGCUUUGCGAUCAGAGAUCACGACUCCAAACUUGUCGUAGUUGGAGGAUGAUGCAUAUUCGACGUGGCUAUCAUGGGAGCAGAGCUAAGAACUGCGUGGAAGAGCAUCACCUAUACAAUGCUUAUUCUGGAUGAAAUGGUGGAUUUUGUCUGCAAUCUCUGCUCUCACUUGUGCUGCUGCCGCGCCGUCUCAGAGCCCGAAACACAGAACCCGGCGAGCGGCGGAGAGAUGGACGGCGGCGGCGGCGGAGGGGAAGGGAUCACCCAUCGGACGGUGGCGGUGAACGGGAUUAACAUGCACGUGGCGGAGAAGGGGGAGGGGCCGGUGGUGCUCCUGGUCCACGGCUUUCCGGAGCUCUGGUACACGUGGCGCCACCAGAUCCAUGGCCUCGCUGCCCGUGGCUUCCGCGCCGUCGCCCCCGACCUCCGCGGCUUCGGCGACACCGACGCCCCGCCUGGCGUCUCCUCCUACUCCAUAUUCCACCUCGUCGGCGACCUCGUCGCCCUCAUCGAUUCCCUCGGCCAAGACCAGGUGUUUGUGGUGGGGCACGACUGGGGCGCGAUGGUGGCGUGGAGUUUGUGUAUGUUUCGGCCGGAGAAGGUGAGAGCUGUGGUGAAUUUGAGUGUGGCGUUCACGCCUCGGAACCCGGCCAGGAAGUCGGUGGAGUAUUUGAGGUCCCUCUAUGGAGACGACCACUACGUUUGCCGAUUCCAGGAACCUGGAGCAGCAGAAGCAGAAUUUGCGCGUCUUGGUACAGCAUUGGUUCUCGAAAAGUUUUACACAUAUCACUCUCCAGAUCCCCUUUUUAUCCCCAAGGAAGGAUGGGGUUCCCCUGACACUGAAAUCCCAUUGCCUUCUUGGCUCUCGAAAGAUGAUAUCAAAUAUUAUGCUAGCAAAUUUGAGAAGACUGGUUUUACAGGAGGACUGAACUAUUAUCGGUGUUUAGACUUAAAUUGGGAGCUUACAGCACCAUGGACUGGGGCACACAUAAAGGUACCAGCAAAGUUCAUUGUGGGAGAUGUAGACCUGACUUACCAUACACCUGGAAUCCAGGACUACAUACACAAGGUUGGUUUCAAGAGUUAUGUUCCAUUACUUGAGGAAGUAGUUGUAAUGAAAGGAGUAGGCCACUUCAUCAAUGAGGAAAAACCACAUGAAAUUACUGUGCAUAUUUACAACUUCAUCAAGAAAUUCUGAUUUGCAAUUAUAAUUCUUGUUAAGCUCAAUUCUGGUGCAGCCAUCUAUGUUGCAUAUAAAUAAAGCAAUUCUGUCAAACAGCUUAAUGGAAGCUGUUGUGCUUUUGUAUAUCUAUGUAACUUGUGUGCAUUUGUUUUGGUCUUUGGAGGAUUUCCUCCUGUUUAUCGCAACUGAUUGGUUAAAGAUGUAGCUGUGGUGUGAAUUGUUGGAACCGAUCAUUAAAUAUAGCUCGCAGCACAUGUUCCAUGAGUA